CCAAAUGUAUUGCGCAUGUUCGUUGUGCUCCGCCUUGUUAUACUGUUGUAAAACAUCGUCUUCAUCUCCGAGAAACUUCUAUUUUCCAUUAACUGUGUUUGAUUUUUUCCCAUUUUCAUAUUUUGAGUAGAGUAUGGACUCUCAAAAAGAGGCCCUGCGAAGGAUUGUCAGCACUUUGGCCAAUAAGAACGAGGAGCUCCACAGCUUCAUCGACACCCUGAGCCACUCACUGGCAGGACUGCAGAUCAACUCUGCCCAAGUGCUCUCAGACCUGGAGGAGGAGUUUGACACCAUGUUCUCCGUUUUGGACGAGAUGAGGGAGAGCAUGACCAACUCCAUCAAACAGGAGCAGGCCCGGAAAGCCCAUGAGCUUCAGAAUCAACUCACACAAAGCACCAAUGCUCUGGAGAGUUCGGAAGAGCUGCUGGAGUUUGCAAACCAUGCACUGGACAUCAAAGAAGAAGAGGAGUUUGCCAAGGCUGCCAAACAGAUCAAGGAUAGGGUGACCAUGGCCCCUGCCUUCCGCUUGACCAUGAAGCCCAGGGCCUCUGACAACAUGACGCACCUCAUGGUGGACUUCUCCCAGGAGAGACAGCUGCUCCAGAGCGUACAGUUCCUGCCAGUCCCCAGAGCACCAGAAAUAGACAUCCCAGACUGCCUAGUGGCCGAUAACGUUAUCAGAGUGGCGUGGAGAAUGCCGCAGGAGGACAGUAAGAUCGACCACUAUACUCUGGAAUACAGGAAGACCGACCACGAGGGGCUACCCAGGGUUAAGGAGGAGCGCUGCUGGGAGGUGGUGGAAAAUGUCAAAACCACAGAGUACUCUCUAUCGGGGUUGAAGUUUGACUCCAAAUUCAUGAACUUCCGGGUACGGGCCUGCAACAAAGCAGCAGCUGGUGAUUACUCAGACCCAGUAACCUUGGAAACCAGAGCGUUCAACUUCUGCUUGGACUCCUCGUCCUCGCACCUCAACCUGAAGGUGGAGGAGAGGAACGUGGAGUGGGACCCGCAGGGGGGCAAAGGGCUGGAAAGCAAAGUGAAGGGGAAGGAGAACAAGGGCAGCGCCCAUCUUACCAAUCUGAAGAACAUGUCAAGAAGUGGAACCCCUUCGCCCAAACGCACUUCUUCCGCAAGGUCACCGGCAGUGAGAGGAAGCAGGGACCGUUUCACCGGAGAGUCCUACACUGUCCUGGGGGACACCAGCAUGGACAGUGGUCAGCACUACUGGGAGGUGAAGGCAUUGAAAGACUGCAAGUCCUACAGUGUGGGAGUGGCCUACAGGAACCUGGGGAAGUUUGACCAGCUGGGAAAGACCAACACCACCUGGUGCAUCCACGUCAACAACUGGCUGCAGACGUCCUUAGCAGCAAAGCACAACAACAAGGCCAAGAGUCUGGAAGUGCCUGUGCCUGACCGAAUAGGGGUCUACUGUGAUUUUGAUGGAGGCCAGCUCUCCUUCUACAAUGCAGAAAGCAAGCAGUUACUUCACACUUUCAAAACAAAGUUCAGCCAGCCUGUUGUACCAGCCUUCAUGGUGUGGUGCGGGGGUCUAUCCCUGUCCACGGGCGUGCAGGUGCCCAGCGCAGUGAGGAGUUUUCAGAAAACGGAGAACGGACUCGGGGGCUCCAACAGCAGUCUGAACAGCAUGGCCCAGUAGUCCUGAAGGAGGUCCGGGAACGCGCCCGCACACUUCACGCUUCCUGCGGCUCUUAUGUCCUGAAGAGUACCUGGGGGGGCCCGAGGGCCGCGGAGAAACAGCAGGAGAACGCCCCCUAUGGCCUUCUGUCCCUGCUCCUGAGCUGUGCCUCUAGGGGGCGCACCAUCUUUCACAUUUCCCUCUGGGAGCUUGUGUCAGGAAAUGCUAGUCACUUAAUCAGGGAAUAGACAAGAGUGCACUUUUUUUCCUCCAUUCUUGUGUUAGUUUGAAUGCUGAGUUUUAGAUUUGGUUUCUUAAAUGGGCGUCUCCUGGCUUGAGAAACCCCGUCUGCUUCCAACUGACACCUGUGUAAUAACGUAUUUAUUUUUUUUUAGUUGGUUUGGUUUGUAUGUACAUAUGUAUGUAUGUAUGUAUGAGUGUGAGGAUUUGUGUGAGUGAGGUUUAACUUCUAGUCGUGCUGAUGAAUCUUCCCUGGACCCUGGACCGCACUGAGGAUGUGGACCUGACUGGAACAAAACUGCAGAUUCACUCUCUGUGCCUGAAGAUGGUGCACUUUAGUCACAAAGACUUGCAGUCCUGUGUACAACAUUUAGUGGUGAUAUUAACACACCCCUCAUUGUUCUCAAGCCAGUCCCCGAGGAACAAGGCUGGCAUAUGGACUGAGUACACUGCUGAGAAGCAAACACUGUGGUUUUGUUGCUAUUGUCUUUUUUUCCCCCAAUAGCUACUCAAAUGCUGCCCGGUUAUCAUUGUACAUUUUGAUAGAAAUUCAUGAUACAGUUUAUGGAUAAAUGGUCGGCCUUGCAAGAAAUAAACACAUUCAUAACACCUUCGACAAAGUUGUUUCUGCAAUGAAGCUAACCAUUAAAAAAAUGUUGGUCUGUUGUUCUGAGACUAAUUCAGUUUCCAUUCAUGAUUUUCUACAACCAAAGAUAUCUUUAUUUUAACAUCAAGACCAUUGGCCACUUGAUAAUGGCACAUGCAAUAUUGUUAGUUCUGUGGCUUCAUUUCUCAUGUCCACUUGUCAAGAGCUUAAUGACUGUAAGGAGUAGACCAUAGCAGGACCGUUCUGUUUUUGAAAGCUGCUGUUUAGUUGACUAUACCUUUGGAUUUCCCCUGGAUGUCCAUGUUUCUCUUUGUAACUUUGCUAAGAGGUACAGAUUUUGUUUGAUUGAUCAAUGUGUCCCUUCUACUGAACACAUUAAGGCAGAUUUAAUGGGAAGUUCAUGACUUGUACUGUGUUCUGUGAAUCCCGGCCUAAAUCUUUUUUUAAAUGUGUCUUCAAUAAUUUUGGUUAAAAGCCCUUUGCGGUAAUGUUGUGUAUUUUCCAUCUUGAUCUAUGCUGCUGUAAGUGGAAAUGCACGAGAAGACUAUGGAUUCCGUGUGAGGGCCAACAGAGUGACUUGAAUCCAUAUCUUGUAUUGAUUUGAUAGUGACAUUUUAUUUGAUGUGUGAUUGGUGGAAUUCAAGGAGUCUGGUUUUCCAAACAACAAAUGAAUAAGUUUACUCAUCAGCACUGGGCAUCCAUCUGUACGGGAAUAUGUAAUUCAGGAGAAAGGGUUCUUCAAUGACAUGUACUGUAAGGCGAUAGAAGGAAUAAAAACAAAAUAUGCUUUCGAUAUCUGUCGUUUGACAUGGUAUUACAUAGAA